AGCGCCGCUCUGCCAGGAACCAUGCCGCGUGGAAGCCGGAGCCGCACCUCCCGCAUGGCCCCUCCGGCCAGUCGGGCCCCACAGAUGAGAGCUGCACCCAGACCAGCGCCCGCAGCUCAGCCGCCAGCAGCGGCUCCCCCAUCUGCUGUUGGCUCACCUGCGGCUGCACCCUGGCAGCCUGGUCUCAUGGCCCAGAUGGCAACCACUGCAGCUGGCGUGGCUGUGGGCUCUGCUGUCGGGCACACAAUAGGUCAUGCCAUCACUGGGGGCUUCGGUGGAGGAAGUAGUGCUGAGCCUUCAAGGCCUGACAUCACUUACCAGGAGCCUCAGGGAGCCCAGCCAGCGUACCAGCAGCCACAGCAGCAGUUUGGCCCAUGCCACUAUGAGAUGAAACAGUUUCUGGAGUGUGCCCAGAACCAGGGUGACCUUAAGCUUUGUGAAGGUUUCAGUGAGGUGCUGAAGCAGUGCAGAUUUGCAAAUGGAUUAGCUUAAUCAAGAAGUUCAAAUUGAAGACACGGAAAAUCAUCUCUCAUGACCAACUUAAUUUAGCAUAAAAAUAUAAUUAAUAGUGAAUAUAUAAAGUAUAAAACCACCAGUUAAGCCUCUCCAUCAUUAAUUACAGCUUUCUUCAGAAUUGGAA